AUGAGGACAGUGCUCUCCCUCAGCGGGAACCAGCUCAGCACCGUUCUCAAUGAGGUGUGCGGGAGGAACAGUGUGGCGGUGGACUACAUGCAGUUUCUGAGGAGGUACAGCAGAGCUCCUGCAGCCCGCAGAGCCAGCAGCAGCAGCAGCAUGAGGUGUGGUCUGCAAAACACUCCCAUGUCCCUGUCUGAGAUACAGAAGCACCUCAUAUUUAAGAUCGGAGGCAACCUGAGGACCAUGAUCAGAGCAUUUCGCCUGUUUGACUACGACCGAGAGGGACGCAUCAAGCAGCACAACUUCCGAAUCAUCCUGGAGAAACACUGCUUCCCUCUCACUGACAAGGAGUUUCAGAGGCUGUGGAAUCACUACAGUCCCAAUAACAUGGUCAGUAUUUCCUACAAAAUGUUCCUGGAUGAACUUGGCUUUGGCAGCGUGAAUGACAGCAGCAAGAACGUCAACAUGGCCCCAGUCUGCACCAAACUGGAGUUAUCCAGCCAAAGGAUUACUCCACCAGAGAUAGUCAAACAAAAGAAGAAGAGACCAGCAUCUCAGGCGAGCUCAGGAGAUGCCCCUGCAACUGAGGGCCUGGCGCACGGCAAGCUGGAGAAUCUCUUUCAUGAAAAGACACUGCAGGCCUGUGAUGUCAGCAACUCUGGCCUGGUGAAACGGGAUGUCCUGAGGACUGUUCUCAGCAACUUCCUCUUUCCCAUGAACCCUCACACCUUCCAGAAGCUGACCAGCCGGUAG